GUUCUAAUUCUGUCCUUCCCUCUGCAUUUGUUAACUGAAGGUCUGUGUAAUUCUAGAUAGAAGAACAAACCCUAUCUAUAGGAGUGGCAGGAUAAUAAGCAGGCACUGAUGCCAUAGUUAACUCUAAAGGUGACCAGUAUGAUUCUUGCUGUGUUAUCUUUAUGAACUGAUGAUAUUUUAUAAACAUUUCAUGAUCCUCAGUAUAGUGUAGCUGCUCUUUCUGAUGCAACUUUGCCAACUUUGGCCAAUGACAUCCCUUUCAAAUACUGGCAAUUGACUCACUUUUCAGAAGCCCCACUUCACAAAGAAAUGUUUUUUUAGUCACUUGAAAAGGAGACUUUAUAUACAGUGAUGGAUUAAAGCCACAGAAUUAUGUUGAAGGUCAGAUCCUAUGUUAUUCCCAAGGGUCAGUCACAUGACUUGUGUUUGGCUUUUAGCUCUGGAAGAGGCGGCGUCCCAGUGCCUCACCCUUCUCCAGCCCAGCCUCAUCCUGCUCACAGACACCAGAGAGUCCAGAAAAGAAAAUGAGAGAAGAGGACGGUCCUCAGGGAUCUGGCUCUUCCACUCCACCGGUAGACAAGGAGUCCCAGGGAGAACAGGAUACAACCACAUGUAGGGAGCAGAACUCUUGGGAUUCUCCAGUGACACCCAGCAGCUCCCAGCCACGCAGAUGCAAGUUUCCCCUGGUGCCUUCCAGGCGAGGGAUCCUGCUGAUCUUGCCUCCAGCUCCCUGGAUUGGCCGCUCGAUCACGGUCGAAGAGUAUUACCAGGAGAAGGAAGCUCAGUCACAGUGGCUGAAGAGGAUCUUCGAGGAUAAGACUGCCACCACCUCGGACUUUGGAGCUACGACCCAGACCACCAGCAGCGGUAGCAGCACAACCUCAUCACACUUCACAUCCGGGGUGUCAGCAGGCCCCAUUGGCAGUGGGGGCUUUGGGACAAGUGUGGCUGCCCCCCACAGCAGCUCCACCACUGGGGCAUUUGGCUUUGGGUCAGGACGGAGUGGGAGAACUGGUCUCAAGAACCCUUUCUGGGGAGCCUUGGAUCCAAACUCCCUGGGUGCAGCUGGCCAGAGCACAGCCUCUGCUUUCCAUGUGUCCAGCAUGCAUCAGAACAUGCCUGGGUUUGCAGCCAUCACCUCUGGCUUUGGAGCUGUGACCCAGACCACCAGCUGCGGGACCAGUACAUCAGGGUUUGGCAGCACCAUCUCAGCGCCCUUCACGUCCAGGGUGUCAGCAGGCCCCAUUGGCAGUUGGGGCUUUGGGACAAGCGUGGCUGCCCCCCACAGCAGCUCCACCACUGGGGCAUUUGGCUUUGGGUCAGGACGGAGUGGGAGA